AAACAGCAUAGUUUAAUGAUUGAACAAUUAAUUUUUCAUUGUAUGACAUGUUCAUUCUUUGAUUCACAAAAAUGGUGACACGACACCACUGGCAUCUGCAGGUUCUGCGAUCAGAAGUUUCUAUAAAAGAGACUUGGAAAUAUAACUCUUGUUUAAUUUACACAUAAAGGGAUAUAGUCAGCGAACGGCCAUGUUACUGAAAUUCACUUGCUUGAUUGUUAUUUAUUGCAUUGGAAAUGAAAGUACUGCCUUCCUCUUGGACGGUCAUGCAAAUCCGUCCUCUGCUAGCAGUCAAGGCGUCGGUACCUACAAUAUUUACGACAAGAUAGAUGCCAUAGAAAGAGAGCUGGAUGAAUGUAAUGUCACUCUAACAGAGAAAGUCCGUGACCUUGAAAUGAGCACUCAGAAAAAGAUCCACGACAUGGAGACGAUGAUGCGCCAAGUUUUGCUUACAGUUAACCAGAUGGAUGUCCAAUUAAACAGCGAUGUUCACAAUAUGAGUCUUCAAAUUGAAAGACAAAAAAAUUCAACAGAUGGGUGUCUUUAUGACGGUAUGGUCCUAAAAGCUGGCGAGACCAUCAUCAUUCAGGGAACAACAACUGUGUCUCGGACACAAGUUGUAUGA